UUGUUACGAGGCUGGCAAGUUUUGAAAGGCUAAAAGUUACUAUUCAUGAUUAAAAUAAAUACACAGCUACAAAAAGUGAAAAAUAAAAACAACUGCAACAUAUGUGAUAUGAACUAAACUAAUAAAUAUAAAACUAAAAUAUAUUCUAAAACAACAUGAAUGCAACUGGCAGCGAAAAGAGCAAAUCAAAUCGAAUAAUGAAACUAAAUAAAAAACGUAGUCAAUACUUGGAAAGCUACGAUAAAAGCUUUAAAUAUAUUUUCUACAUGAAAAGCAACUGUAAACAAUGAUGGAUAAAAAACACAAACACACCAAAUGUGAUCGAACAUGAUUAAAUUUUGAACAAAAAAAAAAAAAAAAGAAAGUUACAAUAAUUAUAGAACAAAACAAACAACGACAUUGCCUUCUUUCAUUUACAUUGCAAAACGUAAAUCGAAAUCGUAGUUUAAAAAAGAAACCAAACAAAAAAAAAACAAAAAAACUAACUAACUAAACAAGCAACUAAGUUAAUUACGUUGAUCAAUAGGAUUUGAGGAAAAAAAUACACAAAACUUAAAGAACAUAGCAAUACAAUUUUUCUACGUAUGCAUUAGCUGUAGAUUAGUUAGGCAAUGCAUAGACUAAGUCGGGCAAUCAAUUACAGUUACGUGAUAGUGCGCUUACGUUAACGUUACGCCAAAGGCCGCUGUCAAUAUAUAGAGAUCAAUAAAUGUUUAUAGCUUUUAAUGCCAAAAUUAAAACGAAAAUGAAAUCACCAACGAAUACGUUGCUACGUGACGUUAACGUGGCAACGUAGCAACGCAGCAACGCGUUACGUUACGCUACGUAACGGGCAAAACAAUAGACGCAAAACGAUAUAGCCUAACAAUCAACACACGUCAUUAUCAUAUUCAACUAGUUGAAGCAAUCAUCACUUCGUUACGUUACGUCAACGGCAGAGUCAUUCUGGACAACAACAGAUAACACCGACAGCAGCAGCAGUAGCAGCAGCAGCAGCAGUUGCAGCAGCAGCAGGCAGACAUCAUCGCUGGACGCGUGACAGCAACGACGUAACGGAGCUAGAAAGCACAGCCGACCACUGGCAAUCAACGCAGCACAUCCUCAGCCCGCCACUCAGCUGCGCCAGGACCUAAUCACUGACGCAGUUGCUCAACACCAAAUAUAACAGCACAACAAUACUCUUAGCGAAAAAAAGAAGAAGAAGAAGAAAAAGUCUUUGCUUCUAAAUAUAUUUCUAUAAUCCUCCUCCUUGUGCCUAAUUGAACGUGCUCUCUCACUUUACGUUUUCUUUCAAUCGAACGUUGCGUUAACGUUGCUGUGAGCAUUACGUAAAUAACGUUAAGCAAUUGGAUGCAGCGACAGGCAAAUCGAUUAACUAACUGAUUGAUUGACGGACGUGACUUUUAGUUUUGACGUAUUUAAGCUCCUAAACGUAACCUGUAUCAUCCCAUUGAUUUUGUACUGUAAGCCGUAAAACCAAAGUUCAACGUAACGCAAACGUAAACACUGUUUACACUGUUUAUAUUUUGUUACGAGUACGCAACGUGACCGUUUGACCGUUUAAAAACUUACAACAAGCAAAACAACAACAACAAACAAGAUGCAGGCCGCAUUGAUGCUAAGAUCGAAAUCUCGGGUGGCGAGAAGAAGAAAGCUACGAAAAUUAGGUGGAAGACUUGAGUUGCCUAGUAAUGUAGCAACUAAAGAAAUAGCUCCAUUUCCUCGUUAUCCACCUGAGUCAUGGUGCGCUCAGGGACGCGCCGCAUGGCUGGAGCGCGGCCGCCGCUGCAGCGUACAGGAGCAGCAACAGCAACAGGCCACCUACCACAGACGCUGGGUGAAGCGCAACCGAAUACAAGAUGCCUCAUUGGGCGGCUCAUCGGACGAUGAAGAUUUUCUGGGCGUACUACGAGGCCCCAGCACAUUUGCGAAUGCCUUUCUCUAUGUGGGCCUCGGAACUGUCGCACUGGGACUGGUCAUUGCAUUUGUCGGCACCGGCGAGAAGGGUUUUAAAACAGUGGAGCUAAGACUUAUAGGGCCCUCUCUCAUAGGUUUGGGUCUGAUCUGUUGCAUUUUACGCAUUCUCUUCUGCAUUUGCCCAUCACACUGCAUCUCAUCCAGCAAAAAGACGCGCAAGAAAAAUGGUAACAAGAUCGAUGCGGAUCACACAACCUCGCUGCUGCGAAAUGAGAGCAAACGCGUUUCAAUAGCUAGAGGACCCUCUAUACAGACGAAAUAUCCGAUUGCGCAUAAGCGUAGUCAGAGCAAGAUGCUUAAUGAGGGAAUGGAGGCACUGCGACAAAUAGCGACCACAUCGCUCUUCAUGCAGAACGAACAGAAAACGGCCAUAAAUCGUGUAGUGCCCAUCAUUAACGAACCGGAGACCAUGGAUCACAUGGGUGCAGAUGCGCCGCUGGAGAUGAAGAAGCUGCAGACGGCGCUGAAUUUGUGCGAGAUGAGCGAUGAGGAGCAAGAGGAGCAGCAACCACAGCAGCAGCAGCCAGUGCAGCUAGCCAAACGUACAACAACAACAACUGCCGUUACGAGUAGUACCACCAAAGAAACAACCAUAACCAUCCAACCAAGAGCAACAACAUCCCUGAGCACCGUAGAUGAGCGACCCAAUAGCAAAUUGUUGCGCCAACGUGUCGCACUCCAGCAGCAGCGACAACAACAGCAACAGUCAUCGUUGGCACAGCAACAACAGGAAGCGGAACAAUCUCAAUCGCUGUCGUCGUCCUCCACGAUCAAAGAUUCACUGGAUGGCGUUGUGGUUGUGGAGGAAACCUCUCUGAUGGACACUGAUGUGGCUACGAUAGUGCCAAUGCCGAAUAGUUGCAGCACUGGCGCCAUACCCCGGCUCAAAAGCAACAGCACGCAGGCAUCGCAACGACCGGGCAUUUCGACGGGUGCCACGCCCAAGACAACGCCCACCACCACCACCUCCGCCGCGGCCAGCAACAGCAGCUACACCAGCAGCUAUAGCACGCGCCUGACCAGCUCCCAAUCGCAUCCGACUAGCUACGAUCUGCCGCCGGCGCUGCCGCACACCUAUUCCGCUGCGGCGACGGUGCGCGGUCCACUCGGCAUGACGCUGACCGGCUCCAGUUCCGUAUAUGCCAUGCCCGCCAUGAGCAGUCGGAUGAGCACGCUCGCCACGCCGCCCACCACAACGACGAUUAGUCUGCUGCCGCUGCCAGCGCCGCCACUGGCGAGCAUUGCAAACAGUGGAUCCUCCGCUGCAGGCAGCUUAAUACCCGGCCAGGUGCCGGAGCCAACGACGGGCAUGGCCACCACAAGUCUGAGCAUACUGCAGCCGAUGCGACCAGCGACGGCAUCCUCGAUAACGGCCACCACAUCAUCGUCCAUAUUCGAUAGCAUGGUGCACAAAUCACAGCCGUCAUCCGCCAGCGCAACAAUGAUGAGUCGUGGCAGCAGUUUGCUACUGGCGCCCAGCAAGCUGGAGCCGGAGCUGGUGCUCAGUCCAGCGAAGCUUGGCCAGUAGACCUAUGCGACACAAGUUAGUUACGAUUUUAGUUAGGAUUUCAUGCAGCCACAAACUUAUUAACUACUUAUUGUAUAUGUCUAGGUUCCAUUUGUAUGUGUGAGUGAGUGUGUGGGUGUAAAUGUGUGAGUGUGUGCCCGUUUGUAUGUGAAUGUGUAUGUGUGUAGCUAAUCUCUUUUGAAUGUGCCACAAAGAACAAGCUAAACAGAUGACAAAAAAACAAAAACGCCCAACAAUCAUGUUCUAAAUUCCCAAAGCGAAUUACAUCCUUCAAGACUUACUUUGUAAAAAUCCUAAAAAGAAACCGAUUCGAAUAGUUUUAUAAUUUAAAUACCUUUAGAUUUUAGUUGCAUACUCUAAGUAUAAAGUAUUUUUAUAUAUUAUAAAAGAUAUACUCGUCUAUAUAAAAUUGUACUAAAUUAGUUUCGUAAUUUUGAGCUUUGGUGAAUUUGGUGCAUGAUUGCAAAUACAACAAAAAUAUUGUUCAACCUUAUACAGCUUUCAGUGUCUAUUUCCUAGGGCUUGCUCCUUUUAUAUAUAUACAUUUAUAUAUGUAUGUAUAGAUUUGGCAAUUUCCAAAGACUUCUCGACUAAAUGCACUUUCCUGACCGGAUCCUUUUAAAGUUUCGGCCCUUUCAGUGGCAUCAAUUUGGCCAAGUGCUCAGCAAAUAAAAAUUGCCAACCCGCGCUGUCUAAAGCUAUCCCUAUUUUAGUCAGGGUAUUAUAAAGUUUGUAUACCAACAUAUCGUUAAAUAAAUAUACAAAAAAUAAUAAUAAUAAUAAUAGAAUAUUUAUAACAAUAACUAAACACUGUUGCCAUAGCAAAGUGCGAAAACCGUCGUCCAGUUGGUCUUGUGCAUGGGCAUUAUGAAAAUUAAGAAACCUACAUGCAUAUUAUAUGUAAAACUAAUUAGAUAUGUACUAUUCCGAAAUUGAAUGUCGAUGUAGUUGAAUGUAACAAAUGGAUAAAAAUAUAAUGGCCCAGGUCUAACAAUUAGUACCCCCACAUCCCAAAACGCCAUUGGGUACCAUACCAAGAAGACAACCCAAAUCCCAGAUAGUUCCAAAAAAAAUAUGUGUUGAAAGAGCUCUUUAGCAAUAAUAUGAGUACCAUGAGUAUAAAAAAAAAAAAAAGGGAUGAUUCAAUUUCGUUGAAUCUCAAUGCAAUAACUUAAUUUUAACAAAUGAUUUAUUUUCAUACCGAUUAUUUAAAUUUAAAAGAUUUUAUCACUUCUUAAGGCACUUUUUAAUAUCUAUGGCAACAUUCGAAAUGCAAACAAUAAUUCCUGGCUCCAACCAGAGAAAAAUGAUUGAAAAUCAUAUUAAAUAAGCCCAGAGAAUAUUAAAUCGGAAAUCAAGGAAAUUACAUAAACUUACAACUAUCCAUUUGGGCAAAUAAUAGAAAACAUGUGUAACAAAAGAGACAAAACCAAAUGCAACUAAUAGAAACAACAUAACAAAAAAUGAUUUAUGAAUUAGUAUGUAUGUCAAUAUAUGUAUGUGCAGAAUAAAACCGAAAUGCAAAACUA